ACCAAGGGGUUUGCCGAUUGGCUUGAACCCACGCAAAGAUCCGGAUAAUCCUGAUAAAUACCGUAUCUUCCCACCACAAGCUGUGUACAAAAUGUUGAUGGAGAGGAAGAAGCUGCCUAAUGAUAAGGACCAUUACCUGCGCGUGGCGAAAAGACGCAUGCAACAGAUCUUGGAUGAUUAUCAGAAGCGUGAGGCAGAACGGGCAACGGAAUUUGGCACUUUAGUUGACAGGAUGACGCAGCUCUGGCUACGACGGUCUUUGCUGACGCAUACCUGCAGACGUCAAGUGAUGAAGUUCAAAUAUGCCUGCACGAGGCGAAAAGCGAAUGCACGAAGAUUCGAAAGUAAGCAAAUUGUGAUCAAGGCAGCGGAAGCGCCAUCCACUGCAAAACAAGGAGCAGCUGCUGGUGCGCAUAAGCUGGGUGCGAAGAAAUCCUUAUGGGGUAGACGUCUCGGUGCUGAUGGAGUUCUCCGAAAACCAGGUGGUUUCGCUGGUCGUGGGGCUUCUGGAGGAGCGAUGUCCAACUGGCUAGGUGGUGCAGGGAAGGCUUUGGAUGACGAAGCAUCUGACGGUGCGGUCAGUGAGCAGGCUACGACGGAAGUAGACAGGUUGAAAUAUUUCGAUGCAUCGACUUUUUCGGCCAUAGUUUCUCCUCGAUACAAGGAUACAGCGACAGUGAAAUUACUGAGGCCAGCGUUGUUUGGCAAUGCUAAAGGAAUGCCGAAGUCUAAGCGGAGAAUCGAGGUACAACCCACAACUUUGCAUCUGACGCCAUCGAGUAUCUUCAACCGCGAUUUCUCAUUGAAGAGUGUCUACUACGGCGGCGACGGCUUGCGCAAUGACACGACACACAAGAAGAACGCUUUUCUAGCUGGGAAACAUUACUCGAUCGGCAUUCGAGAAGACUGGGAUACGAUCUUUGAAUGUUUCUAUCCUGCUUUGCCUGGCCAAGGAAGGCUGAAGAUGAAUCAAAAACCGAAGACAUUGAGAACUGAAGAUCUAGACAACCACAACGAAAAAUGGAGUCAAACGUUCCGUAUGCUUCUCAAAGCCAUGGGCUUGUCUAAAUUUGGUGACACAUCGUCCAAUCAUCGUGCCAGUAAGGAAUUCGCCUCAUUCCGAGUGGACGCUGCCAGACGAACUUUAUCCAGACUCACUCGCAGAGACCCUAGCUAUUUCGGACCAAAAUGGAGCAAAGACUCCUUCCGCGAUGCAAUGACCGGUCUGCAGAACCUCGAAACCACUGCUAUGCAGGAACAGACGCAACUAAGCCCCUUUUGGGUCAAAAGAGGACAUCAUAGGGAGAUGGGCAUCUACACCAAGAAUCAACUAUUGACCAUCUUGGAAGACAAUCUAGGCUACUAUGGAGCAUGCACAGAUGCGUUCUAUGCAGAUUUUCACGAGCCGGAUGACACAAGAGGACCGAAUGCUGUACUAAUUCUACUCGUCAAGAUCAUCUUGUUCUUCUCUUCAUUUGCUACGUGAUUUGUAGUGUCUCCUGUGUCUUGGUCUUCUAGUAGAGGUAGACGGAGCACGAGCAAUUACGUUCUCCUUCUCCGCCUGCUUCCACCAUUUCAAUUAAGUCUAUGCAACAAGAUCGUUUCUUGAAUUCUAAGGCUCUCGAGAUUGUUAUGGUUUCGUCCCUUCCUUGUCUUACUCCUCAGUUCCACGAAUUCAUGAAAAAGCAACAUAUUAGCGACCAUAAUAAUAUUUAUCUUCUAGUACUUUCUCACAUGAGGACCACUUCUUCUACAGGUCGAUUCCGAACUCGCCGAGUUGAAAUCUAUGGGCUUGGAGGAUGAAGAAAGCGCGCAGCCGCGCUACUGCACUCUGGACUUCUUCCUCCAGAGGUUUCAAGCUCUUCGUGCAAACCAUGGCUUCUCAAACACGGAGGUUGAUGGCGUAGCAAAUUGGUUCUUGAACCACCCGUUUUCGUUCUCCUCGGUGAAGCAGUUGCUUCUGCGUUGGGGCAUACCUUGCGACUUCAAGACCGUCUAUCGCGCAGUGAGGGAGGUAGUGCCGGGAGUAACGCGUUACAACGACUACACCGAAAAAUGGAAACUCCCCGAACAUGAAGGGCAGGUGCUUUGCAGAGUCUGCCUUCCGCAGAUCCUGUACGUUCUCCAAGCAGCUAUGCUGGUGUUUGAAAAAAAACUCAGAGAGCACUGGGCAGCAGAAGUCGACGCCGAUAUCACCAAAUCUGUGAGCGAUAUCAGUUGGAAACCAAGCUACUCGGCAGACGGCACUCCUAAACUGCAUUACCCGCUGGAUUCGCACAAGACUUCGCACUUCAUUUCGCAGUUGACCCAUUUUCACGCUUACUCGGCUCUCGGCGUGAACGCACCCGCUUUGCACGAAUACAGCAAGUUCAAGGCUUUUGUCCGCCAAGUGAUCCAAAACCGGGGAUUUUCCACUGAGUUCAUCAUGGUUGUCAAGAACAGCUUUUUGCGUUUGUCGAGAAACAAACCAGACAAUCCUUUGGAACAGAACGAUCCCUGGUACCAAUACGCCAACAAGCGAGUCCUCGACCCCAUUCGUCACGACUGGUCCGACAGAUGGAGCACUUUACAUGGCCUGAGGACAGUGUUUGGAGUCACUGAGAAAACCUGCUGUCUGGACAUUCCUAGAGACCAAUCCUUAUUGGAGAGGUACUAUGGCUACGGCGUUGACGGAGGUGCAGGUUCGAACCCAGGGACUGGUGGACAAACUCCUAAUGGGGGAAGCUUAAAUGGAGGAAGCGUAUCUGUCCAUGAUGCAAAGGGCCACGCUGGCGGGUCUGGAUCACCCACUUUUGGUAGAACCAAUUCUGGAAACGAGGAGCAAACCAAGGCAAACGACGAAGAGGAGGAUAGCUACCUCAGCAUGGCAUUGGCACAGCACAAAGCGAACAAGGAGAGACGUGCAGCAAAAGCACGUGCUGGCAGUGCGGAAAUAGCCAAUAACAUUCGUAGGGGUAGUGCUCCUGCUUCUCCGAGUGCAGCCUAUGCUCCUGUUGCUGAAGAGUCCACAACUGGUAAUGCCGCCACAGGAGAUCACGUUGAACUUGAAUCGCCUGAACACGAAACAACGUUGGAGGCCAUCAAAGAGGGCGCUCAUGAAGAUGCUACGCCCUCCUCCGCUAAUGAGAAUGAAGAGGACAACGCAACUGCUAGUAAGACGGUCAGCGUAGGAGGACGAGGAGCUUCUAAAACAAGCACGAGUAGAAAUGUUUCUGCUGCCACUCGUUCAGAACGGAAAGCAGAGAUGUUCUUGUCUCAGUCUGGAGGCAGUAUGGAAGAUUUGAUGCAGGUGAUGUCCUCCGUGACUAUGAACGGAGGAGCUGGCAUGUCGUCGCAAGCAGUAAAUACGUCUUUUCUGCGUGCUAUACGGUUGAAAUUGGCGGAAGAGUACUUGCCUUGUGCUACGGAUGAUCUGCGUGAUAAGGUGGAGGCGUUGAAAAAAGCGGAAAAGCAGUUUGCAGAGCAACAAGCAGUAGCACAGACGGCAGAAGGAUUGAUAGCUGAUGCAUCGGAAUCACCAAAUGCGGCAACAGGAACGGGACGAAAGAAUGGCGGAAGCGUGAGCCUCGGUUUUCUUGGUAGAGGAGAAAUUAGUGGAGAGCAGGCUUCAGUGACUCCGGUUCUUGCGGCGACUCCUGUCUCUACUUCAAACCUAGGGGAUGGUGCCACCUCCUCUGGUACUGCUGGUGCAGCAGAAGAACAGACCCGCCCUGGCUCGGCUCUCUCUGGGAACAACAGAACUAUGAUGUAUGGCUCUGUUCCAUCCGGCGUCCCUGAGGUCUAUGUCCGAGGAGGAGAACCUCCGCCUCUCCACAUCAGGCCCCGUCAGUUCUACCUGCUGCUACAGCAGAUCGGCUUCAAUGGUCCAACUGUUCAAGAUCUCGCGUUUUUGCACCAAUUGGACGCUGAAAAUGUGGUGGUCGAUCUCUACCAGUGUUUGGUGUGGUUGCAACUUCUGUUGAACAAAGAACGGCAGUUCAUCAGUCAACUGUUUGUGAUGUACGCGUUUAUGGAUCCAAAGCCGAGACCUAAGAAUCCGACCACCGGACCAAGGCGGUUCAAAGAAAAUGCACCGACGGUGGCGCCGCAUGGUACUAUUAAUAGUUGUAGAUCUUUUACCAGCUCCAGCAGCUUAGUACAUGAUUGAUGAAUCGAAUCGUGUUGUAUUGCCUCUUCAACAUACUGCACUGCCCACGACUACCUAUGUCUAACUGAUGUAUCAUCAUGUUUGGUGGGCAAUAGACCCUACGACGUAAGUUGUUCUCCACUUGAAGUGCAACUUAUGUUAACUUUUGGCGGGCAAUAGGCCCUACGACGUAAGUUGUUCUCGCUCCACUUGAAGUAAAACUACAUCUACUUGAAGUAGAACGACAUCUUGAAGUAGAACGACAACAUCUUGAAGUAGAACGACAUCUUGAAGUGGAACUACAUUUUGAAGUAGAACGACAUCUUGAAGUAGAACUUAUCAUGUUGGAUGUGCUAGAUUUGUUCCAAAAAGAUGUGACCAAAAACUCCUAACAACUGCCGCCCCAAAUUUCUCUCAGGUUACCUCCUCUGCCGCCUCGACACUUGCGGGGAGUUCGUCAAAGCCAGAGAAGACAGCCACAGCAUGGACGUAAUGCACGGUGUCCGAGACGAUCCGACCACGAGAAUCGACAUGGACGUACUGAACCAGCUAAUGUUGUCUCUCGGUCUCUUUCCGCGGAAAGUUUGUGAAGGUUUGGAAGGGCAGCAUAGUCUAGAACUGUUGAAUGCCAGUUUAGAGUCGGUCAUUGAGGCUAAGCACAAAGCGGAAGGAGGUGCUGGAAACGCGCCUGCAGAGGACGUACUCGAGUAUGAUGUGAACAAAUACCACGUUUUCAGUUUUCGCCAGUGCCUGAAACUGCUGAACAAGUUCCGAGUGGCAGCGGCCAUUGAGCGAGAACGCGACAUCUUGCAGGGAAGAAGGCAGAAAGCCAUGUCAAGGUUGCGUGGCGCCAAAGUCUUAGCCAGCUUAAUGGGCGGUGGAGCUGCUCAAGAGGGAGGAGGUGGGAAUAAGCCUUCUGGAGGUGGUCCUGGGGGACUACUGGGUGUGUUGAAAGCUGCAGCAAGUUCUAAUAAAGAUACAACUUCUUCAUCUAAUAAAAAUGUCGUCGUUGUCGGAUCCUCGAAGAGUCUGUUGGGAGUGUUUAAAGCAGCUCAUAAAGCCACCAGAGACGAGAAAAAGGAACAAGAUCGCGAAGCUUCUGUCGAAGGUGGAUCGCCUGCAGCGGAGAAUGAAUAAGGAUGAUAAGAUCUGGCUCUUUUGCGGGAAACAGCAAGAGGAACGGCUGAAAAAAAUAGGACGUACUUCUACAGCUUGAAAUGUGGUCACGAAAUACACAAGACUACUCAGAAUUCAUACACGUUAAAUCGUAUCAAGGACGAGGCAAAAAGAGAAAACAUAAACACAUUACCUAGAACAUUAUUCUUGUAACCAUUACUUUGGAAAAUUCAACAGGGGAGAGUAUUCUGAUUUUCAGUUUAUUCAACACUUACAGUUACACUUUAUACUCGUAUCUAUUGAGAUUUUAGCUACUAUUAAAAUGUGAAAGUCCGUGACCGUAAUCUCGAAGUAUUCUUUCAGCGACACCGAAGAAUCAGCAUUCUAAGAUAGCAAUAAUUCCUUUCAAUAUCAAGAUCAACAAGCAUAUUCGUAUUCCACUUUGACUUUGCCUUAUUCGAAUCGAAACAAAGCCAAAGCUGCAAGCACGCAAUCUCCGCCUAGCUGCAUUUAAUACUUUCUUAACAUAUCAAACUGAAUUCGGGAACUACAAACUCAAAAAAAAACCUACUUCUUUGAAUCUUGUACUUAUUUUUUGGGAACAACAGUGCCAGUGGUUGAUGCUGUCCUGCUCCUGUAGAGGAGCCUGUACCUAUUACUUAACUUACUUGAUGGGGGUAAAUCUGGUGAAUCUUCAUUUACUUACCGAGAUUUUCAUCAGACCUUGUUGUAAGUAACAUUUGGGAAACAGUGAAAUUCUACUUUCGGGAACAAAAAGAGAAAAAAGUCAGAC